ACAAUUCUGGCUUGGAUUUCUCGAAAAAAUCUUAAGUUUUUACUCAAGUUCAAUCUCAAACUCUGACAAAAAACUCAGCUAAGAUCUUUCUCAAAUCACGUUUCUCGAAACAAACUCAGGCAAAUCUCAGCUAAGUUUAUUUUUUUCUCAACUGAGAUUUUUUCAACGUCGCAUAAGCGGCCUUGUUCUUGACUUCCGGUUAUAGUAUCCAAUGUAAAUCAUCGUCUGCAACACCACAAAGCGCCAAAAUAAUGGAAGAGAAGACGUGUAAGACACCCCGCCGGCCCAAUUGGACGGAAAAAGAAAAAAUCGUCUUGGUUGAGGCGGUCCGUCAACGCGAGGACCGCCUUUUUGGGAAGAUGAAGGGGCCGGGGGGUGUCAAAAACGUAAAAAUCAAAGAGGGGGCUUGGGAGGAGGUCGCAGGGGCGGUGAAUGCAAACUCUGAUACAACUCAACGCACGGUGGACGAGAUCAAGAAACAAUAUGCCAACAUAAAGCAAAGAGCAAAAGAGAAGUCUGAUGCCAUUAGAAGACCAGUUACAGGUGGGGGCCCCAAACCUCCCUCCCCAACCCCUGUAGAAGCUGAGCUACUAAGCCACCUUGAAGACAGGCCAACCCUAUGUGGCCUGUCCACUGGACAUGACACGGAGGAAGGUUCAUAUUGGAUUUAUUGUUUAAAUAUUUGAAAAGCAAGAUAAUAG